GCGGCUCUGCGCUUUUUGUGCCAGUUCCGGGAUCCGCCAUCUUGUUUUUGUGUUGCGGCCGAGGCGGAGUGUGCGGGAUCCGAGAGCUGCGGGGCCCUCCAAGAGGGGAUUGAUGUCCAGCUCGCCGCUGUCAAAGAAGCGUCGCGUGGGCGGAUCUGAUUCAAAGUCCGGUUCCAACUGCUCAUCCUCUAAUUCAUUGAGCACAGAUCUGACUGCGCCAGCCAACGGCAUGGCUCGUAACGGCAAUGAUGUAGAAAUUGAUGAGGGUCUCUACUCAAGGCAACUGUAUGUGUUGGGACAUGAGGCCAUGAAACGCAUGCAGAACUCCAAUGUCCUUAUCUCGGGGAUGAGCGGACUUGGCGUGGAGGUUGCCAAGAAUAUCAUACUGGGAGGUGUGAAAUCCGUCACUAUUCAUGACGAGGGAGUGACCGAAUGGAGAGACUUGUCCUCCCAGUUUUAUCUUCGUGAGGAAGAUGUUGGAAAAAAACGUGCUGAGGUGUCUCACCCGAGACUUGCGGAGCUAAACACUUAUGUGCCUGUGUCAUCUUCCACCGGUACCCUUAGUGAGGAUUUUCUCUCAGGAUUUCAGCUGGUGAUUCUCACAGGGUCUUCCUUGGAUGAGCAGUUGCGAGUUGGCGACUAUUGUCACAGUCAUGACAUUAAAUUCAUUGUUGCGGACACUAGGGGUCUGUUUGGCCAGCUGUUUUGUGACUUUGGCAAGGAGAUGGUCGUGUUGGAUACAAAUGGAGAGCAGCCGCUCAGUGCGAUGAUAUCCAUGAUUACCAAGGAUAAUCCUGGGGUUGUGACCUGUCUGGAUGAAGUGCGUCAUGGCUUUGAAAGUGGAGAUUUUGUCAGUUUCACAGAAAUCCAAGGAAUGACCGAAUUAAACAACAGUGAGCCAGUGGAAAUAAAAGUGCUGGGACCCUACACAUUUAGUAUCUGUGAUACGAGCAAAUUGUCAGACUACGUCCGUGGUGGGAUUGUCAGCCAGGUCAAGAUGCCUAAAAAGAUCAGCUUUAAACCUUUAACAGAAGCUUUGAUUGAGCCUGAAUUUAUUAUGACUGACUUUGCCAAGCUUGACCGUCCACCCCAGUUACACUUUGGCUAUCAGGCACUACAUGAAUUCCAGAAAGCAAAUGGCCGGCUUCCGAGAGCGCACAAUGAGGCAGAUGCAAGUGAAGUAUUAUCUUUGGCUAAAGGGAUCAACGAGAAAUCCUCAGACACUGUAAAGCAGGACAAGCUAGAGGAGAAUCUAAUAAAGAAGCUGUCUUACCAGGCCACCGGCAACCUUGCUCCUAUUAAUGCCUUCCUCGGGGGCAUAGCUGCUCAGGAGGCUAUGAAGGCCUUGUCGGGAAAGUUCAUGCCCAUCAUGCAGUGGUUAUAUUUCGAUUCCCUGGAGUGUUUGGAUGAAGAGAAUGAAGAUUCAUUGCUAACAGAAGAAAAAUGCAGCCCAAGGAACUCGCGCUAUGAUGGGCAGAUAGCUGUGUUUGGGUCUGACCUGCAGGAGAAGCUGGGCAAACAAAAAUACUUCCUGGUUGGAGCAGGUGCCAUUGGCUGUGAGCUGUUGAAGAACUUUGCCAUGAUUGGCUUAGGAGCAGGAGAUGGUGGAGAAGUCACAGUGACUGACAUGGACACUAUUGAGAAAUCUAACCUGAACAGACAGUUCCUUUUCCGACCCUGGGAUGUGACGAAAAUGAAAUCUGAGACAGCAGCAGCGGCCGUUAGACAGAUGAACCCAAACCUGAAUGUCAUUGGUCACCAAAACCGCGUUGGGACUGAAACGGAGAAGGUGUAUGAUGAUGACUUCUUUGAGGCUUUGGAUGGUGUUGCCAAUGCACUCGAUAACGUGGAUGCUAGAAUGUACAUGGACAGACGAUGUGUGUAUUAUCGCAAGCCUCUGCUGGAGUCUGGAACGUUGGGGACAAAAGGGAACGUGCAGGUGGUGAUUCCAUUUCUGACAGAGUCCUACAGCUCUAGCCAGGACCCUCCAGAGAAAUCCAUUCCGAUCUGUACGCUAAAGAAUUUCCCGAACUCGAUUGAGCAUACCUUGCAGUGGGCCCGAGACGAGUUUGAGGGACUCUUCAAACAACCAGCAGAUAACGUGAACCAGUAUUUAACAGACCCCAAAUUCCUGGAGAGGACCCUGAAGCUGCCAGGUUCUCAGCCUCUGGAGGUGAUUGAAGCGGUGUAUAAAAGUCUAGUCACAGACCGGCCAAAGAACUGGAGCGACUGUCUCUCUUGGGCCUGCAACCACUGGCACACUCAGUAUAGCAACAACAUCAGACAGCUGCUUCACAACUUUCCCCCUGAGCAGCUGACCUCUUCUGGAGCUCCUUUCUGGUCCGGCCCAAAGAGGUGUCCUCAUCCUUUAACAUUUAAUACGAGCAUUGCCCUGCACUUGGAUUAUAUCACUGCGGCUGCUAACCUGCUUGCGCAGUCCUAUGGCAUUUCUGGAUCCACAGACAGGGCUGCAGUAGCAGAACUUAUGAAGUCUAUAAAAGUGCCAGAGUUCACCCCAAAAUCAGGAGUGAAGAUCCAUGUGUCGGACCAAGAGAUGCAGAACGCCCAUGCUUCUUUGGAUGACAGCCGACUUGAAGAACUAAAACACGGGCUGCCCACGGUGGACGCUUUGUCUGGGUUUAAGAUGUUUCCCAUAGAGUUUGAAAAGGAUGAUGACACAAAUUUCCACAUGGACUUCAUUGUGGCUGCUUCAAACCUGCGAGCAGAGAACUAUGAUAUCCCCCCUGCUGACCGUCACAAGAGCAAACUCAUAGCAGGAAAGAUCAUUCCAGCCAUUGCUACAACUACAGCAGCUGUGGUGGGACUUGUGUGUUUAGAACUCUACAAAAUUAUCCAGGGACACAAGAAACUAGAGUCUUACAAGAAUGGCUUCAUCAAUUUGGCGCUUCCUUUCUUUGGCUUUUCUGAGCCUAUAGCAGCUCACAAGAAUAAGUACUAUGAAAAUAGUUGGACCCUCUGGGACCGGUUUGAAGUUAAGGGCAUUCAGACUAAUGGCGAAGAGAUGACAUUAAAGCAGUUUCUGAAUUAUUUCAAGGAUGAACACAAACUGGAGAUCACAAUGCUGUCCCAGGGAGUUUCAAUGCUGUACUCGUUUUUCAUGCCUGCUGCCAAGCUGAACGAACGACUCGAGCAACCGAUGACUGAAAUUGUCACCAAGGUGUCUAAGAAGAAGAUCGGGAAGCAUGUAAAGGCGUUGGUGUUUGAACUCUGCUGCAAUGACGAGACUGGAGAGGAUGUGGAGGUUCCAUAUGUGCGUUACACCAUCCGCUGAGCAUGAGUAGCAAAGGAGCAGCUUGGAAAAGCACUGAGACGAGGGCUAACCAUAGAUCUCUCAUCUCCUGCUAGAUACUCACCCCUUCCCUGACGUGGCCGGGAUACAAACCUCAUGGAGUCUCUGUAACUUGAUUUUUGUUCACGUGUCUGGUUUUGUGGAUUUUGUGAGCACUCUGUUAAAUUAAGAUCACUCCCUGCCUUAUCUCCGGUCUGACUCCAAUCUGCCCAGUGCUACUUGGCUUCUUACCUCUGGUUAUUAAUGACUGUAGAGAAGUUGUCUGGGCUCUCCUUCUUUCUGCUUCGUGUAAGUCUCUUCGGCUGUCCAGCUUCACAUGGCUGCAUAACCCUUCUAUUAGCAGUGUGUGUACAACCCCUGCUAGUAAAAAGGUGAAUUACUUUCAGAGGGUGGCCUGGAAGGACUUACCCUCCAUCCUGUGUGUCCAGCUGCAUGGUGCUUAUUGGGAGUGCCCGCAAUUUGCUGACCAGAGAGCUGGAGACUGGCAAGACAUAGCUUUAGUGUAAUGAUAAGGUAUGAAAAUACUGCUCACCUUGUAGAAAUGUUUCUUUAUACUGUGUUUGAAUCAAAACAUAAUAAAAAUGAAAGAACAUGGA